GAGAGGAAGAAAGGAGGAUGAGGAAGUGGCAGGAGCGAGAAGAGUACGUUUGGAGAUGUAGCUGCCAACGCUAAUGCUCCAGCAGCUGUCAGGCGAUAGGCAGCCGGAUCAUAGGAACAUUUGACAAUGCGAUGGGUAACUGCUGGGCAUACUGUGUGGGGCUCUUCAGGAGAGAAACCAACAGGAUCCAGCGAGGAGGGGGGUCAAAAUACUUCCGCAGCAGCACCACAGGGGAGCACUACACAAUCGAGUUUGAGAAUCUGGUAGAAAGUGAUGAGGCUGAGAGCCCCCAGCCCUGCCCGAGGCCCAUCAGUGAUGAUGAGAUCAAGAACCUUAAAGAGCACCGCUACGCUGCCAUCUCAGACAAACAGAUCCUUAUAGACCAAAAGCUGCGAGCCGAGUUAGAGGCACAAGAGGAGAAGUUGAGGCUAGAAGAGGAGGCUAGAAAUGCCGCCCAGCGUGAGGCCGCCAGGCUGGCACGUGAACGAAAAUUGAAGGAGCUGUCUGCCCAGAGGACACGGGGGAAAGCAGAUGGCUCCGGCGGUGAAACCCAGCAAAGAAAACAAACCUCUGGGGAAGAUUUUGAUGCCUACCUCCAAAAUGUUAAAGCCCAGUCUGAAGCUUUCAGGAGCAACAGACUCCCGUCUGACACAAAUGUGGUGACUCCAAACACAGAGUGCAGCUGGGAUUUCACCACCAAGACCCGCUCCACCAACGAUGACGGUACCUCACUAGAUCUGGAGUGGGAGGAUGAGGAAGGAAUGAAUCGCGCGCUUCCAGUGUGGGAGAGGUCUCGAACAGAGGAGGACAUCUUGCGCGCAGCCCUGAGGCCAGGCGGCAAGCAAAUGAACAGCGGGCCGACCUCAGCCUCCGAGGACUCCACCGCACUGGAGUGGGAGAAUGAUUUUGUGAGCACCCACCCAGAGGACACUGCAGAAUUCGAAGGGUUUGUCAAUCCUGUCCUAGACACUCCCUCUGAGGACUCCUCGGACUGCGGCCUCAGGUCAGACAACCAAGACAGAUAGUGUCCAACACCAAAGGAGACAUUGGCGGCCCGCCUCCUCACGUCAAGGCUCACCAGCUUUUUUGCCUCAUGAAGUGGAAAUGUCGUUCCUUACAUGCUCUUCGUACUGUCAUGAAACUGUGAUGCUGCAGGAACAUGUAUGUACCUCUGCACUACAGAACAGUGUGGUGACGUUUAUCAGACUCAUUUUUUCAGUGCCUUCAUUUGCUAAACGACCAUUUAAUGAAUUGUAACUGAUCAUUUGUAUCCACGACCGUCUUACACAUUGUACAACAAGUGCUUUUUAUCUAACGCACCCAGGUGAUCGUAUACAAACCAAUUUAUCACCAACCAACCGGGCGUGAAAUGUUAUUAUAUUAGCAGAUUGACCCUCGAGUAUACUGACUGGUGUAACUAGACACAUUUCAGUGCUUGUGAGUGAAGUAAUUGUGAAGGAAAAUCUACACAUUGGAGUGAAAAAUGACCAAUGUGUAGAUUUUUCACAGUUUGUGGGUAAAGUAGUCAUUCUGGAUCACUUAGGUACUUUUAAAAUCCCAGCGGGCUAAUUUGUUCUUUGCAUUUGACCUAUGCUGACUAUUUAGCAGCAGCGAACAGUCAAACAGUACCUGGGGACCAAGUGCAGUGCUGAGGCCAACACCUCACUCAGCACCUCAGUGGGGAAAAGGCUGGUUUACUCUUGGAUCUCUUUACAUGUAGAGAGAAAAAGUCCACAGAAGCACAAAAGCAGUUUAAAUUAGGGGAAAAAGAAAAUCCGUCUGUUCUUUACUUUGAUGCAUGAUCGGGAGGUGAAUUCCACUGGAAGGUUGCUGAAGGAAAAAUUAAACCAUCUCUCAGUGAAUCAGUGGAGCAAGCUAUACGAGACAGCACAGGUGAACACUGCAUGUCAGCCAUGAGCGCUCACAAAAAAAAGGCACGCACAAUAUGAAGUCAGUGCAUGCACUCUGACAAAAAGCUGAGCUCAUGGCGGUGACCCUCAGCUGAAGUCAUAAGCCUCCUUUCUUGUAAUUGCGAGCCUCCAUAUGAAACUGUGUCAUGAUGCUGAUCAAAUACAGAAAAAAACUUCUCAAACUGUAACAACAUUCAGGCUUUUUCAAGUAUCGUGUGAAUAUUUGCUCUGAAGCACAGUGAAAUCAUUACAGAGUAUAACAGGAGGCAUCCUUCACCUAAACCUACUGGAGGAGACAAAUCAGUUCCGAGUGUUUAACUAACUUUUUAGUGAUAUCUGAGAGGAAAUCGUUGAAAGCAAUAUUUUGAAAUUGAACUAAAAAGAUCAAACCUAAAAACGUGACUGUGGUGUUAGCGUCGGUGAUCCAGUGCUGCUUUGAUUAAGGAAGGGGCUUUUAAUUCUUCUUCGUUACUUUUUCUUCUUAUCUUAACCUGUCACAUGUUGUUGAACUGGAGUCGGGACACUAGCUUUUCACAUUAAUCAAUUUUAAUUAGUUUAAAUCUGCCUACUGCGUGCACCUGCAAUGUGUUGAUUUUUGUCGAUUCAGAUCUUAGAAGAUUUUACCAAAAUGAACCCGAUCCACUGACUUGCACUGCUGUCAAAGUGUGUACACGAGACACUGGUUAAUUUUUCUUCCUAAUAUUUGAGUGUGGUAUAAUAUAUUGUUUCCUUUUGUUUCCCCAGUGUUAUGUUUUGCUGUGAGUAUAGCAUAUUUGACUCAUCACUGUAAAUUUCUCUUUAAAAAGAACAAAACUUCUUUGUCACUCUGAGUAUAAAGGGACAAAAUAAAAUCAUGGAGGGGAAAGAAAGUCCCGAGCUUCAGGUACAUUAACUACAGACCAACUGAGUGUGUAAUCUGUAAUUUUUAAAGUAAUCUUGACUCUGGCAGAAUGUUUAAAUGUUUCUGGCAAAAAAAAAAAUCAAAAGUACAAACCAAAGUAGUAAGUGAGAGGCUACACGGAAAUAGUUUGCAAAAUUUAAAGGGGACCUUUUAUGCUCUAAAUUUUUACUUUUGCACUCCCCCUUUAAGGCCGCUGUCUCAUUAAGCACACUAUCUUCUGAUUGGCUGACUCUCAUAAAUGGAAGAUUUGAACAGUGUGUCGGCCAGAUCUGUUUAAAUGACCUAACCAUAUUAGGGCGAUCCACUUCUGACAUUAUACAUAAUUAAGAGAACAGGGUGUAUCAAAAGAGUCAUCUGAUUUCCAAAAGCUAUAUUUUUAAAAGUAAAGGACAUGAAGAAAAUUAAAUCUUUAAAGUGCAUGGCUGAAUGUAAAAUUUAUCACACAAUGCUCACAACUGCUCAAUGCAUCCCUACACCUGACACACACUUUAUAUCCAUAAGAAAGUCAAACUUGCCCCCUACUUUUGUGGGUAUGUCUGCAGCCACUGCUGUUGUUAUGCUACCAACCAGGAACCAAGUGAAACUCACGAAUGCCCUCUUUCUAAAUGGUACAUGUUUAGAUUGUUUCCUGUGAACAUCGAAUGAAAGCACUUUAAAAUGGGAUUAUUCUUUUUGAUACAUCCUGUACAAUAGCAUUGUGCAUUUGUAACAUUUAGAGCACUGAAGUUUUUGGUUCAUAGUGAUUACCUGCACAGAUGGCCUCGUUAUUUGCAACACAUGCAUAUAAAAGCAUAAAAGAUCCCCUUUAACAUAGACCGUACAUGGAGGCUGAAUGGAUGUACCAUAAGACCUGGAUUGGGGCUUUGUCUCUCUUUAAUGCUGCACUGUUUAGCCACCACUAUCAGUGGCUUGAUUGAUACCUAAACUCACCCACAAAACAGCAAAUCAUUUUAUAAAAGUUGGUAUCCAUUUAAGGACGAACAACGAAUAAACCUACUCAUUUUAUGGUGA